GUGCAGAAUAUGUCUCAGUCCAUUGAGGUUCUGAAUAUGCGAACCCAGAGGGAUUUUCAGUCUGUGAUGAAAAUGGAGAACCAAAUGAGGGGCCUGAGGACCAAAUUCAGACAGUUUGAGGAUGAUAGGAAAUCUGUCAUGAGCAGAAACUUCCAGGAGCUUCAAGACAAGAUGGACCAGCUGAAGCCGUUGAUCCCCGUGUUGGAGCAGUACAAAAUGGACGCGACACUCAUCGCCCAAUUCAAAGAGGAGAUCAGGAAUCUCUCAGCGGUGUUAACAAGUAUUCAGGCGGAACUUGGUGUCUACGACUACGAUGAGCUCUAUCAGCGGCUCCUGCAACUGGAUACCAGGCUCCGAAGCUGUAUGGGCAAAUUAACAUGCGGAAAGUUAAUGAAAAUCACCGGGCCUGUUACGCUAAAGAUCUCCGGAACCCGCUUUGGAGCAUGGAUGACCGAUUCACUGGUAUCUUCAAGACACAACAGAGUUUGGUACAUGGACGGUUAUACCAACAGUAAGAUCGUCCGAGAGUUCAAGACCAUGGAGGACUUCUCGGCGGGAGUGGUCGCUCGUACGUAUAGCCUUCCGUUCAAAUGGGAAGGAACCAAUCACGUCGUCUACAACGGCUCACUUUAUUAUAACAAGUACCAGAGCAACAUAAUUGUCAAGUACAGCUUUGAGACAGGCACCGUGCUGGCCCAGCGAGCUUUGGAAUUUGCCGGCUUCCAUAAUAUGUACCCGUAUACGUGGGGAGGAUAUUCAGACAUCGAUGUCAUGGCGGAUGAACUCGGAAUGUGGGUGGCGUAUGCCACCAACCAAAACGCUGGCAACAUGGUCAUUUCUCAAAUCGAUCCGGACACCUUACAUGUCCUGAAAACUUGGAACACGGAAUACUCCAAAAGGAACGCGGGGGAGUCGUUCAUGAUCUGCGGGACGCUUUAUAUCACCAACUCGCAUCUGUCUGGAGCAAAAGUUUACUAUGCGUACUCCACAAAGACUUCAACGUAUGAGUACAUAGACAUUCCAUUCUUCAAUCAGUACUUCCAUAUCUCCAUGCUUGACUACAAUGCCAGAGAGAGAGUGCUCUAUGCUUGGAAUAAUGGACACCAGGUCAUAUUCAACAUCACCUUGUUCCAUGUCAUAGAAACAGAUGAUGACUCUAAAAAGUGAGAUAAACAUUUACAAAUUGUUGAACCUGGAGCAUUGUGUGGUUCAGAUUUUUAACUUCAAGACUCUGAAAUGGAGCAUGGAAAGUAACUCGUUCAGAACCAUUGAUGGUUAUAGACGUCAAAGAUAUUAACUGGGUUGGUAGUGAAUGAGUUAAUG